AUGGCUCCUGACCUCAAUUCGAUUCCACGAUCACCCCGCAAUGGUUCCAACCCUCAGAAUCCCAUCCCUUCCACAUCGUCGCCGUCCGCCUCCAGACGAACGUCAACCCAGAUGCCGCCUCCUCCCCUUCCACGAAGCGAAAGCAGUCUGCCCAGUUCUCCUCGACCAGCUCAAGCUACAAUGAUGGACAAUACAGGCGUUGGGAUUGGACCGGGACCCAUCAGGCAUCCGAGACCAUUGACAGCAGCAGAACUGCACCUGGAACUCGAAAAGGAGCAAGAGAGUAUUGUCAACCGUCUCACCCGUGAGCUCUCCGCUCUGCGGGCACAAACUGCGUCAGUUGCUUCCACAACCUCCAGCACCUCGGACCACUUCUUCUCGUCCAGUGACCCAUACACCUCGACUGGCACAGGUACAACAAUCAUACCGACGACCACGCGCCGGCACAGGAGUAGUUCCAACCUGUCCGCUCGAUCUGCGAGAAGUAUUCGCGACAACCUCGCUAAUGCAGGACAUACCAGUGUCUCUGGCGUUGCAGCCCCACGGGACCAGAGCAGUCGCCCGAGCAUGGAACUAACGCGCGAACGUCCCGACAUGAGCCGGCAGAAUAGCAUGAGCACCAGCGUAUCGGGUCUGGGCAUGGGGUUCAGGAGCAGCAGUAUGACGGCGAGUCCACAUCUGACGCAGCAGGGUGUUGCUGCGAACGUGAGCCCGUACGGUGCCAGUGGCUACCCUCACCGAAGCAGCGUGUCUAGCAAUCAGGCUGGCGCCAGUGUUGCCGGCAGCGAAGGCACAGGGUACCCUCGUAGCCCCAGUACGAAUACUGGUGCCGGAGCUAGCGCCGCUGCGGCCAUGAGAUAUGAGGAAGCCGCUCUUCAACGUGCCGAGUUGGAGGCGGUGAAACGUGAGAACGAGAUCCUGAGAGCGAGGGUCAAGGAGUUGGAAAAGAGUUUGAGCAAAGCCAACGAGGCGACGAGCGAGGCUGGUGCGGCUGCCGGAAGUACACCGACGCCAUCGGCCCCCUGA